ACGGUCCUUGCGGAGACUUUUCGUAAGUUUCCUCUUGUGCAGCUUUCGCUCCUCAUUGAAUUCGGAGCUCGCCGGAAUAAGUCUUCUAGCAUCUAUCAGUUCGGAUGAGGCGGUGGAGAUCCAGUGGUUUUUACUCACCUUUGGGUUUACCUUAUUCACAGCUUUUACAGCUGUAUCUAUGGCUGCCUGGAUAUUUUUCCAAGCUUCUUCAGGGUGAGCACAGCUGUCGAACACAGAUAUGUGUUUAGCUAGUUCUUCCUGAAAUACGGAUUUAGUUUCCUGAUCGAGCUGGGGACGUGAUGGUUUUACCGCCAGCUGUUUCCUACGUCCGUUCAGUCGUAAGCACACCCGAGCGCGGACCAGUGCAUGGUCGGUAUCUACGCACGUGUUCCAGAAGGAGCGACAAUCUCCUACCGACCCACGCCAACGAUAGCUUAUUGCUAUGUGGUCUAUUUGUGUCCAGCGUUGGUUUGAUGAAGGGGGUCUCCAAGUCAAACAGUGUCUUUCCUUGUGUUUAAAGUUAGUGCUUACAAGAAACAAAUGAUUAUCAGAGCAGAACUGUAGGAGACGGUCACCGUUGUCGGUUCGCUGGCACGGAGCUCCAUAGGUGCCACCGACAUCCUUCUCAGAUUGACACAAUUUCCCUACUUGAGCGUUAAAGUCACCAGCUAGAACGACUAUGUCUGAGCGUUUAGCCUUUCCACCAAACUAGACAGCUUUUGGUAGAACUCAUCCUUCGUUUCAUCUGAACUGCAGUCAGUGGGGGCGUAGGCGGAGAUUACGAAAAGGCAUCGGCGAGUAGUGCAGUCCUUCCUCCUUCUUACUGAUCCGUUCAGGCGGACAGCACACAUUCGGCUAUCUACCGGGAUCCAGUCAAGCAAUGUCUUUUCUGCCCUAGUACUCAAAGCUAUCCCUACGCCAGCUAAUCCUCGUGAACUAGCUGUGGCAUCUCCUGACACCCUCAGGUUGAAUUUUGCAGAUUCAACCUGUUGGCCAGGUGGGGUUAGGUGAAUAACCACACUUGGGUCUUGUAUGCGUGUUUCUGAAACACAGCAUACAUCAAUGGCUCGUGAUGCCAGGGUCUUGGCUAGUGAUGCUUGUUGUCCUAUUUGGCAAAGUGUCCUAACAUUAAGAGCUCCUAUAUGAAAUUGGUGGCGCGGCUUUAAGAGGCUGUCGGUGGUGGUUUUUUGGCUUCCAUCGUUUUUAGUGGACGCAGAGUGGAGAGGAAGUGGAGAGCUAUCAAGUCGAGGAGUUGCAUCAGUGGAAGGAAGGCAAGAUGAUAGAGAUGAAGAUGAAGACAAAGAUGAGUGAGUAAUAGAGAGGUUUCGUGUGCAUUUCGGAUUGUGAGGGCGAUUGUUACUUCCCGGCUGCCCACACCGUGGAAGUUGGUUGCGUGACCGCAGAGCCCAGGGGACAACUGCUUGAGGCCGGUCACACGCGGCCUGUUUUUGUUCGUUCUUUUUUGUUUGGUGUGUCUCAGUAGCAGAUUUAUCACUCCCGCCCUGUGACACGGCAGCAGGAAGCGCGGUCGUUGUUAAUCCGGGCCACGGCCGAUCCGGCAUGAAAUUUUGUAAUUUUGUAUUGGACAUGAUGUUGGAUUGGGUAGCUGCUUUUUGUUUAACCGCUAUCCAAACAACCUGCCUGGCAUGGUAGAACCUCAAGAGACAUAAGUCUCAGCCAGUAUAGCUUGAUUAGGUCAUUGCGGUGUUCAAGCCCGACCACCACGUCAAGGUAGCAGCUUUCGGUCGGGUUUUAAAACAAUAGGGCUUCUUAGAAUUAGAAUGACCCUUUUAAUUCAAGCUCCUUGAGUUUAACUAUGCAGUAGGCCUCGAUUGGCUCGGGCAUCCAAAAGCUAAGCAUCAGUUGGCGGCCUACAUUCUGACUUGGGGUAUAGUUCUGAUUCAUCGUAAUGUAAGAACGUAUAUGUAUUUGUUCAUUGAUACUAACAGACUUAAAAUUUAUUUGUUGCCUUUUGUAGCUGAAACAACCAAAGAGAAGUCUUUAUCAGUUGACUUGGAGUGUUUGUGUCAAUUCUUGACAGCUGUUGGAAAAUAUAUGGAUACACCUAAAGCGAAGAAACUUAUGGACCAAUAUUUCCAGCGGUUGCGUCGUAUAUUGUCACGCACUUGUGAUUCAAGCGCUGUGACUUCUAAUAAAUAUGAAAAUAUAUCUACCGAAGGAACAGUUUGCCCAAAGGCAACGAAAUGGAGUAGCGCCUCCUUAUCGGCAAGAGUGCGGUUCAUGGUUGAGGAUCUGAUGGAUUUGAGGGAGAAUAAUUGGAUCCCACGUCGAGCUGGUCAGCGUACUGAAACAAACAAACCCCGUUUACUUCGAGAUAUUCGAUUAGAGAUACUAAAGGAAUCUGGAAUUCUUGUUGCCCCGACUCCAAGCGAACGCUCUGCUGCACAACCUGAUGUACCUGGAAGUGCUUUCAUGAAUCAUUCGUCAAGGUCAAGUAAUUCAUCAGUCAGUAGUGAAUUCCCUUUUGUCGGUGGUUUGGGUUCUAAUUCAUUGAAGAAUGAUAAUGGUGAGGCAAGAAGUUGGAUGGAGUUGGCGCGGAUGGGUGAAGAACUAUGCCGACAAAGUUCUCGAGAUCUGUGUUUAUUGGACAAUGGAAAUCGUUCCACUGAUGGUCCGACUGUGCCUUUCCAUGGGCGCUUACACACUACUCGACGUUUCGCAUCCAGCAAAAAUGAACUGCCUAAUUCGAAAAGUGUUCAGCGUCAGAGUACAAAAACUAAUAAUACUGACAGUUGGGCUGCGAAAAUUGAAAAACCUGAAGGUAGUAGUGAUGUUGGUUGGGUUCGCGGUGUUAAUGCACGAUUACGAAACACCGCAGCCACGCCAAGUAACGGUGUGCCGACACCUAAUGCCAAUUUGCCACCACGAAUGCUUAGGAAACUAGCUGCCGAAGCUGCUGGUAAUCCACCAGUCAGUUCUACAACAAAUGCUUACAACGAAACGAAGCACUCUACACACAUAGAUGUGCACAGCUCUCAUGCGAACAUCAUUUCCGGUAAUUCGACAACCGUUUCCAGGAAUGGUCCGUCCCACAUUACGCCUAUUUUACAUUCCUUUGGUCAGUCACAUUCGUCGAAUCUUUUUGAUGAAAAUCCAGUGGUUACCAGUGAUGAGAAAUUCGGUUCACAGAAGCUCGUCUGGCCUACUUUCUCGAAAUGUACUGCUAACUCUACGGCAUAUGGUAACACACAGUCGACACUUACUUCUAUACCACAAUCUUUUAAUUCGUCAGCUUUAAGAACACUAGAUCAACCAAAUCUCCAAAAUGCACGGUCGCUGGCGGCAAACAAAUGCCAUCAAAGAAUCGAACAGGUUCGACCAUCCAGUACGAACUGUUCUUCUCCGCCACUGAAUCAUGUGGCUGAAAAUCACUUAACACCUCCACACGCUCCUGAUGAUAAAAAAAUUGCCGCAAAAUUACUCGAAUUGUUGGUUGAAUUAAAGGAUCCUGUAUCCAUUAAAAAUCACUUGAAUUUAUCAAAUGUUGGCCGAAUAACAAUUGAAGUACUGGCUAUUGUUGUUUUACAUUUGUGUGAAGAAGGUACUAAUCUCAAAUUGGCAAAAGCCGAACCGUUCGAAUUAGCAGAAUUACUUGUCGCAUGUGCAGAAAACCUGUUGUGUCGUGAUGCAUCUGUAUGCAAUUCUAAAGAUAGUCGCAAACCCAAAUCAGUGAAGUCACUGGGUGGUAGUGGUCACCCUCUGGCUCUUGUAUGGUCGCACCUUCUAAAUAAACUGUUAUGUGUUACGCAGUUAAUCUAUUCAAAGUCUAAAAUCGCUUCAAUAUCGGCCGCUUUAAUAUGGAAUCGCCAUAUGGAUCUUUCUGAAUUCGCAGAACCUUUGCGUGGUGGGAAACACCAUCCUUUAUUCUUACUUGUUCUUCAGAAAUUGUCUCAAAUGGUUGAUAAUGACUGUAAUUCGAAUAAAAAGGAAUCAGUUUGCAUAGAUGGUGCUACUGUGGAUGAAAGGCGCUGUUCACUUAUUCAAUUAUUCCAAGAUACUGGGUUACAAAUAAACCAAAUGGUCCCAGAAGGUAGUCGUACAAAUGAAGCCCUUCUGGCACUACUUGAAGAACGCGAUUUGGAUUUUCUUGUCCCAAGUCUGCGUCUUUCCAUUGAACUCUCAAAUCUUACUAGGAACAUUUCGGAUAUGGAGGGAAAAAAUCCUCAAGAGUCGGAUAAACACUUUGCAUCCAGAUUAGAUGAAUAUUUGUCAAAGCAACCAGCAACUAGCGUCGGGAUUCGAAACUCGGAUUAUGCUCACGCUUGUUUACCAGUUGUAUACGAAUAUAUUUACAAGGUUGGGGUUGUUGAACUUGGCAGUUCAUCUUCACCCUCAACUUUAAUGACAAGAGAAAGAGCUGCAUGGAAAUGCAUUGUACCGAAAGGACUUGCUGAUAUCUUACGAAACUCUGUGGAGCGGCAGAUGGAUGCUUUGCAUGCUCUUCAACUUUUUUGGGUUGACAAAAGCAUGCCAAAAGGUUUCUUGUUUCGGUGUUUUAUGAAUCUAUACGAUUGCGAACUUGUGUGCGAAAACGCUUUUCUGUCUUGGAAAGAGGAAGUGAAUCCCAGUUAUCCUGAAAAGGGGCAAGCAUUAUUCGAGAGGAACAUAGGGCUUCAGCCGCGCGUCUCCAUUGCGUUCGGUUCUCUGCUGGAGUUUUCAUCUGGCUCCAAGUCUGAUCACAUGUUUUCAUCUCCUCCCCACACGAUGUCCUCCUAGUUGCCCUUGGACGACCAACUCGCUGCUUCCCUUUCGGGUUCCACUGGAGGGCUUGUAUAGUGAUGUCACUUGAUGGUUUCCUCAGAGUAUGGCCAAUCUAUCUCCAUUUCUUCCUGCCUAUUUGUUUCACAAUCGCUUCCUGCUGGGUUGGUUGGCUCAUUGCCAGAAAUCCCUGUUGCUGGUCUUUUCUGGCCAGCCAUCUGAUCUUGAGUAUUGAACGAAGACAGCUGUUGAUGAAGGUCUGUAGUUUGUUGGAGCUGCUCUUUAUGAUGCGCUGAGUCUCUUAUCCAUCCGUAUAGUAGCACUGACUGACUUCAUAUUGGAGUUGAAAAUCCGGAUCUCAUUAUUCAUGCUGAGUGCUGUUGAACUCCACGCAGACUUGAGAGUAAUGAAAGCUUGUCUUGCUUUCCCGAUGAUCAUUGCUUUGAUAUCCUCGUCAGUUCCGCCUGUAUCUUAGGCGGUAGGUAAGGGAGGUUGUUUCUUUCAGGUUCCUCCCACUUAUGAUUCUCAGAAGUUUUGAUUUCACAAACAAAUGGUGAUGUGUAUAUGUACAAAGCGUAUCAGGUUAUUUAUUUAUGUAUUAUCAUUAUUAUUAUGCGACAAUUAGUAUUCAGCAUCACUUUGUCAUUUUAUUUCCUAGGUGAAUCGUUGGUUGACGUGGUUGGAAACAGCCGAAGAAGAAGACGAUGAAGGUCAAAGUAUAUCAGAUUCAAAUGAAGAACAUACAAAGUCGGUUGAAGAAGUUGCAAUGCAUUUGGAAAAUUUAUCAACUGCCUGUAGUCAGGAAACUAAGUCAAUGGAUCAUAUAUCUGAAAUGGUGUCUGAUAUCAUACCUCCUGUUCUGCAUUCCAGUUCAGCAGCCCUUGGUUCCUCCUAAUGUGCGCGCUUGUAUUUGGUUCUCUCUAAUUUCAAGAUAGUGAUUAAGAUUGUAACUCGCCUAUGGAAGUCGAUCUAUAAAUUUCAAAUUCUUCUGUAAUUUUACUGAUAUAAACACUGUCACAUUGGGCCCUAAUUUUCCGUAAUAUACUGUUUCCAUGAGAAAAACCUU